UUAAUCCCGCAUUUGACAUCUUGAAGACGCAUAUACCGCGCGUAUUGUUUUCAUGUUCGUGAUGUGUUCAAAGAUUUUCGUUGAAUUGACGGAGGUGAAAAUGAAUUGACAAAUUCGAGGCACAAGACUGUCAGCAUGGGAUUAUGGAGUACCAGGAGAUACGUGGACCACGUUAAAUCCGUGUCUGCGUGCUUUGUGUUCAUCGGGGGAUGUUGGUUCAUGUAUCAACUCCGAGAAAUAUCCGAGAUGCUGAGGUCUAUGGUGGCCACUAAUGUCCUGACAUUGGAACAAAAACAGGCGCAGUAUAUCUACCUUGACGAUCCAAAGUUCAAAGAUCUAUUUGUUCACACGAAUGAGAGUGAUCUUCAGUCAUCAAUCAGUGAAAAGCCAUGGACGUUUUCCAUGGUUAUUACCAAAUGGGGAAAAUUGUUGAACAGGAGUUUGGCGUUUAGACUUGUACAUAUUGCCAAGAACGGACUUAAAGAUGAAAGAUCCAGAGCUAUUUAUACUUUGGGAUCACUCAAACAUUUGAAAGACUGGCAUUAUCAGCAAUUAGCGCAGAUGCUCGACGCAAAGACUGCAGUGGGUCUGGCUAGAAUAGCUGAUUCAGACCUGAGAUUCUUCCUGAAACCACCUUACUCUCAUAUAAAUAAGAAACUUUAUGAAAUUAUCGAUGAACUCCACCAACUCCUGCAGGACAUGGAUAAACUCUGUGAGAAUCAUCACACGUGUUUAACAAGAUUUUUAAAGAGAUCCUUUCAAGAAUUUCAUCGUGAUGAACUUGUGCUGGACCACGAUUUAUCGAGCGUUGGAAUUUCCACCGGUUCAGGUGCCUCCUGGGACCAGCAGCUUCUCCAGAACUGCAUCCAGGCGAUAUAUCACCACUCGUCGAUAGAACAAUUCAGUCGAGCUAUUGCUGUAGCAGGUGGUCUUCCAGUUCUGAUGGAGGUGCAGCAACGAUUCCCAAAUAACAUCGACCUGUCGAUCCUCCUGGCAAAAAUCAUUUCUAAUUUGUCGCUGCACAGUGAGUACCUCGAUGAUAUUUACAUGUCAGGGUGGAUUGGAGUCCUCGCCUCGUGGGCGAGACACGAGGACGUUAGGGUCGCUGCACCAGCCGCAAGAGCAUUGGCGAAUUUGGACAUCGAUUUUCAUGGCGAUGAAAAGUUUCAUAAGAGAAUUUAUCUGCUGCAUCCCAUGCAUCGAGCUUCCACGAAGCCUGAAUUGGAUGUUAUUUUCAUUCACGGACUGCUGGGGGGUAUUUUCGUUUCUUGGAGACAGCGAACGCCUGAUUUUGACACAACUAAUGUUGAAAAUCCACAAAUGACAUUCGAGACUGAAACCCUGGAUCUCGCAAUUGGCGACCAGCCAAACGAAUUCAUAAAGGAUCUCGCCCAUGACAUGCAGUUACGUGAAUGGAAACAAAUUAGUCAGGAUUACGAAAUUGUUCUCGACGAUUGUCCAGUGUCUAUGAACUCCCGCGCCUGUGGCCCCUUCACUUGCAAAGAGGACGACUACCGUGUCGAGCAGAGAGAGCUGGACCUCAAAACGAGAACUGAGUGUUGGCCGAAAGACUGGUUACCAGAAGACUUACCACACAUUCGAGUCAUUGGAAUUAAUUAUGAUACUAAUUUGUCUUUAUGGAGUUUACCGUGUCCAAUAGAAAGUAUGAGGAGCACAUUAGACGAGAGGAGUAACGAGUUCACGAAGAAAUUACUGGUUGCUGGCGUUGGAAAACGCCCUGUUGUCUGGAUUUGCCACUCCAUGGGCGGACUAUUAGUCAAACGUAUGCUGGUGGAGGAGUGGAAGAAAGGGGAUCCCCAUGAAUUAUGCAAACAGACAAAGGCCAUAUUUUUUUACAGUACUCCACAUCGAGGCUCACACAUUGCUGCACUUAAACGAACCACUCAGAUGCUAGUUUGGCCUUCCAUUGAGGUGCAAGAGUUGAGAGAAGAAUGUCCAAAACUGCUAAAACUGCACGAAGACUUCCUGGAGAUGUUAGAAAAGUACAAAAUGAAGAUAGUGAGUUUCAGUGAGACAAAACCCACCCCAGUGACAGCCCUGAAAUUCCCCCUUCAAUUUGUGACGCCGAAAUCAGCAGAUCCUGGUGUCGGAGAAUUCUACGAGAUCCCUCAGGAUCAUCUGUACAUCUGCAAACCAGCACACAGACAAUCCUUUUUAUACCGCAAAGUGUUGAGUGUUCUUCAGACAUAUAUCUCCAAGAGUUGAUAGCAAUUGUCCACGUUCACUGGACGAAAGGUACAGGAUGAGGGACUGAUACUAAAUGUUGAAAACCAGGAUGUGGAUACACUGCCCUCAUGGAACUCAGCAGGACAAUCAUUCGAGAAGAAAAACACUCAUCAGGAGGAAUUUUUGAUGAAUUUACAGUUGCCUGGAAUAGAAGUGUAAUCAUUAAAAAUUAGCGAGUGGUUGAAUCACAAUAGCCCCCAACUAUCCACAGGAGUAUUUCGAGACGCCUCAGGACUGAGUUCAUUCACCGACGCACUGGACCCUUCACCAUUGUUCUUAUCUUUUUAUCGACUAGUCCUUCUUUUUUGGGGUGUUUUUAGACCGCGAGACCUUGUCGAGGUCACCCACUUUGAAUUUUUUGUUCACCUUUCACUUUAGUUGUGCGGAUGGGUUUCUUCGUAGCACAGGGAGGUCGGGGAUUAAUUAAUCCCUGGAUACGUGUUCGUGAGACAGAUACAUAUGUCCAGAGAGUCAACGAUUUUCAGAUUAAGAGGACUUUCGGUGAAAAAAAAAACACUGGAGGUGGACUAUAAACUUUGUGGUGUCCAUUCUCAGCUGAGAAGAUAUGCAAAAAUAUGGCAGAUGUUUCAGAAAAUUUGCUGGCUAUAAAGGAACCGGAUGAAUUAAUUCCAGGUGCUCACGAAGUCCAUAAGUAGUUCUAAAAAAUAUCUGAAAAUACUAAGUGGGGCGUCGCCAUCUUGCCCUACCCCUUACUAAGGGCGUGAGGUGCAUUCGAAAUAGCAACGCUCACCCCUGACAAAUAAAUUAUUAAAUUAUUCCGAAUUAUCUUGAAUUAUCGAUAAUGUUUGACCACUAGAAAAUGAACAAAUUUUUUAAGCUAUAGUUCAGGUUGUUGUCUUCCCUCUUUACAAAUUAACUUCUCCACUUCUCUGAUUUAUUCAAAUUACGUAAUCCCCUUAGCGAGAUAUUCAUCGUUCAGAAAACUCCAUUUUACGUCACUUAACUCCGGAACCCAUUCAUUAAUUAAUGUCUGUCUAGGCUAAUUAGAAAGAAAAACAACUCUACUUGAGAUUGAAUAAAUAUAAUUGAAUGAAAAAUGAAAAGAAUUACAGUUGAUUUGGCCUCUUUACGAUGGAAUGCACAACGAACAUUACCAAAAGUGAAUUUGCAUUGCAUGCUAUCGGGUGAUUUCAUCCGUAAGAAGCAAUACUCCGCCUUUUCCUCGUCCAAAUACUGGACAGUUACACUCGAUACAAUGUGUGCAACUACCGUUACGUUGUCUCGUUACAUUCACCAAUGCCGGGUCACGCCUGUUGACCCUACACUGAGAUACAACGGAAGAAAGCUGUUAAAUACCUAGGACACGAUAAAAUUAGGCGUGAAGUGGUAUCUUGAAAUGUUGAAAAACAUGACACCGAUAGUGAAUACAAAAUUAUAAUAUCCUGUCCUUAUCCCGGAUCUGCGUUGGCUCGCCUCUCACGCCCCUGUCUUGACCACUGUAUCGUGGUAACGGUCGUCGUAAAAUUCAGAGGGACAACCUUGCUAAGGGGAGAUGUAAAAAUUUCAUCCAAGGUUUUCUGCUCGUCCGGACAAAGUGACUCGUUUCUGCUCUUCUGCAGGGGGAAUGAAUCGGCCAGGGGAUAGAUAACAAUUGGGCCCCAUGGAGUUGUUACAUGGAAUUUAUAUUAGAUGAAGAUUAUUGCAGGAACAUUAUUUCAUGACAGACAUCCAUUUGAUUGCCUUGUAAAAAUAUUUUUUUUUAUGUAAAUCCUAGAAAAUAAAAGUAUUCAGAGAAUUUUAACACUGGAAAAUUCCAGGAAAUUCUUUAAAAUUUCUGACUUUUCUGGACUGUUCAAGGCAGCUCUACCGUUAGAAAAAAUUCCUCAAUUUUACGAGCGUUCAGGUUCUUUGAUGGAAAAAUGUUGAAAAAUGGAGAUUCAAUCUCGUAUUAUGUUUAAAUGACCCUUUUUAUCUGAAUCCAAGACGAGAGUUUGGAUUUUUCAUUGCCAGAUGUGGAAUAUUUGGGAGAAUGUUUGAAACCCACAGAAAAGAAUUUACCUUGUUCUAUGCAAAAUUGUUCGUUUAUUACAACAGGAUGUUGAUAUAAAACGAAACUAAACACUAUGAGUUCUUGACACACUCACGCCAUCAAAUAAACAUAUGGAAGGGUCAAGCAGAGAAUUUAAGGAUCUGUGACAGCCAUUCGGCCAAAAUUUACGUUUUUUAAAUUUAUUUUUCGAACAAUUUACCGAUUGGAUUGACGUGCAAAAAGGGACCACUGGCUGUGAGGCACAUUGGACAAUCAGCCAGGAGUUAAUUAAUCAUCUGAUGGCCGAAUAAAAAAUGUAAUAAAUCACAAAUUAAACUUUCGUCUAUUUUCAAAUUUUUUUUAUUGAACCCUAGAAUUACACAUGACAAUGGACCUGCUGAACAUCAGUGGAACUGCAGCAGUAUUCAAUUUAUUUUCAACACUUACAUUCCCAGUAGUGAUUUCUGCGGGGUUGUGAAUAUAACGUAUUGCACGUCCAAUUAACUGUAAUAAAGCAUGAAAAAAAAAUAAUUGUGAAAAGUGAAAAUUAUAAAUAUACGGUUGAGCUCGAGGCUUCACUCACUUUGUUGUGGGUCUGCGAGAUGGUUCUGAUGCAGUGGGUGGUGGAGGUGGGCCUCUGCGUGCCAAUUCCUCGAGGUAACCCAUGAGCAAUCGCGUGCGCUCGUGUGCCGCUGCCUCGAGUACCAAAAAUCUCCUGUCCUUCCUCAGUAUAUCCUCAAUCUCGACCAGUGACGCACUAUUCUCCUGCACUUUUUUGUACGUCUUAUCAGUUAUAAGUUUUGUUUCCUGGAGAAGUUCACGAAAGUCAGCUUUAGCUGCAACGAGUUUGUCUUUGAUGUACUCCUUGAAUUCUUUCUCACACUUUCUGUCGCUCGACGAGAAUUUUGUGUAUCUCAGAUCGUCUUUCAAUUGUUUCUUUAUGUCUUUCCAAGAGACAGUUAGCUCAGUUGAUGCACCAACUUCAUCCAAUAGUUCACGAAAUUUAUCCCGUUUUUUCCUUCCCAGUUGUUCGAUAUGUUCGUUGAAUAGUCGCUCUUUCUCCUCUCGAUCGAGACUCUCGGCUAAUUCCCAACGAUGAUCUUUUCGGAGUUGGCGUUUUGCCUCGCGCCAAGCUAAAUCUCCGUUCCUCACCUGGAUAAUUGAAAAAAAAUACAACUGAUUGCUAUCCUCUCGAUUUGUUUCGUUAGCACUGCAUAAACAAAUAUUGUUAAUCAUAAAUGACGUGAUCUCUUUCCUCAUUCCAUGUUUUUCCAUAAUAUUUUUGCAAUUGAAUGAGCUUUAAUAUUUCGGUUUGCUUUUUGCACAGAAUGAGAAGUUGUUCCCAAUUUACUCGAGAAAAAAAAUCAAUAAAAUCUCCCUAAACAUAUCGAUGCUUACCAAGUCAGCGAGUAAUGCACUGAAAUGUUGCACAGCCUCCGUAUGUCGAUGAUGCUGUCUCUCCUUAUCCCUAUCACGCAGAUGUGUCGCAAGUGUCCGUUGCACUUCGCGCUCUCUCUCACGAAGGCUAGCUUCAGCCCUUCUCUCUCUGUCGCGUUUGGCUUUUUCACGGUCCUCCUCAGAGUCCGAGUGCUCAUCAUUUUCGUAAUUCUGUAACGAUAUCGUCCUCAAAAUGUCAAUGGAAACGGUUACGCAAGUAAUUCGGUGAGGCUAUUAAUUCGUGACCUGAGAGCUUGAGUUUUUCAUUUGGACACGUCGAAAAUAAGAAAUUCAUUUCAAAGAUUUACUCAACAAAAUCAUAUAGACUAAAUCAAUAACUACAAUAUCAAUAUUUUCAUGGCAACAAAGAUAAUUUUGUUGGCAUUACGUUCAACUAAAAAAGGGCAAAUAAUUCAAAAUGAAUAAUUGACUUCAAUAAACGCGUAGGCUUCUAUGUCGAGUCAUUAAUUAAUUUCAGUCCAUGCAAACGAGAGAAUGAAAAUAACAUAUUCUAUAAAACUAAAAAGGAAACUUACGUCAUUUUCCUUCUUAAACAAUUUAUCCUCCGCCUCCUCAAUCUCUCCGCUCUCCUUCUCCACCUCCUUUUUGCUCUCUUUGCCAUUCUCCUCUGUCGAGUUAUUACUUCUCCUUUUUUUCUCCUUGUCCUUCUCCUUCUCUUUCCUCUCCUUUCUCUCCUCCUUCCUCUCCUUAUCCUUCUUGUCCGACUUGUGAUGAUCCUUGUCCCUGUGACGAUGAUCCUUCUCCUUAUCUCUCUCCUUCUCCCUCUUCCUCUCGUCCUUCAAUACACGCACAUAAUCCCGAAACCAAUCCUCUCUGGUUGUCGCCGAGUCAACGAGACGAUAUCUCCAGUCACUCUCGAGCCGCUUCUUGCAGUCACUCCAGUGCGAAUGUCUGUCGAUGUCCUUGUGCUCCCUCAGCAUCGUAAAGAAAUCCUUUUUCACCUGAAACGGUGAUAACCGUCAUUAAAAUUCACCUGAUCCUGUCGUUUCCUGAGGCUUUCCUUAAUAAUUAUCAAAUUACAUUGGUCCACUAAAUUUAAGAAUUAUCGAGUUACACAUGCACUUGACAAUGCUCUUUAAAUCAUUCAAACGCGUUUUGCUUCAGUGGAUGGUCCAGGUCUUGCAAAAUAUUUAGAUAUUGUAAUAAUUAUCGUUAAUUAUUAUCCAUUCGUGAUAUAAUUGCAUCAUAAAUUCAACAAUUUGUCAACUCAUUAGGAAUUUUAUUCGAUAAAAAACUGGACAAUCCAAUCGAUAAAAAACCCGUCUAAAAUCACCAAUGAACAUUAAUUCCCCUGAAAAAAAUAAUGACACCGAUUACAUGCUGAAAAAAAAAAUGAUUAAACGUACUCCCUGAGUCACCGCUAAUCGAUUAACGAAAUAAAACGAGCACUUUAUUGCUCGGAUCGAAUGUUUUCAAUUAGCGGAAAUUCAGAUAGUCUCAUUUCUCGUUCGAACAUUCGAAUCAGUGGUUCCAGCUGAAAAUCAAAUAGUCAUUAGUGGAUUAAUUAUGAAGCGUUGUGUGCAUUUGAAAAGCACGAUCCUAACAGAGUUAUAAACUAAUAAUGAACCAUUGUAAGAUUGUGCUUCAAAGUGGAGGACUUCAUCGCGUUUGACACAUUUGUACAUAAAAUUUGAGAUAAUUCAAAUCAGUUGGAACAAUAUCGUGUUCCGGAUGUUGGCACAUUUGUUCUUCAAGAGGUUUAUCAUUCACAAAGUGCCCCCUUUGUAAUCAAGAGUGAUUAAGUAUUUCUUAGUCAUUCUUUUGUUACAUUUAUUUCAUUGUAACGAAUGGAAUCUCUUAACCGACAAUUUUAAUCUUUUAUGAAUGAUAUCGCUACCUCAUUUACCUCAUUCGAAAAUCAUAUAAUUCGUGAAUAAAACAGUCUUUAUUUUUCUCAAGUCUUUCAAAACGGGGAAACAAAAUUGCUUGUUCUCUCUUUUUUUUUUUGUCAUUUCUUUGAAGUAACGAGGAUUACGAUUAAUAUACAAAUACCGAGUUUUCGUUCAUUCUCAUGACUCUGGUUUGGAGUUAAGAAUGCGGCGCGCGAGGAUGUGCCAACAGUGUGCCGCGCAGUGUAGGUGGGGAUGGAUAAGAUGACAUCAUCCAAUGCCACCAACCAGCUUCAGAAGCCAAUCCACAUACGGAACCUGUCCUGCCCUGCCUCCUGACUGAAGUGGAGAGUUCAGAAACACAUGAGUACAUAAACGAACCGUCAAUACUAGCAUUUUGUUUUUCUUUUUUUUUUUUGUUUGUUUUUCUUUUUACUUUAUCGACUAAUUUACAAUGUCAAAAUUUCACUUUACUUCUCCCAACUAACGUCUGUUAUUUGUGGCAGUAAAUGUGCACUGAGUGGUGCUUAUCAGUGGCACCUGAGGCUCAAGGCGUCAAUUGGAAGAGAGUAAUUUAAAAA